CCAGACUCGGACCUGACAGAUCCCUUUGUUCUUUCAGGGGCUUCACCGUUUUCCAUCUCUCCCCCUCCUCCCCCUCUACAUCUUCUUCUUCUCCUCUUCGUAUUCUAUCUCCUCCUCUUCUCAACUACAAAUACCCUCCUUCAUCUCUUCAUCUCCUACUUCACCUCUCUCCUUCGGCGUUGCUCUAGGUGCUGCCUGCUGCCGACUGCCGGGAGCCGUGUGUGGCGUUUUAACCUAAUCUGGACUAGCGCAGGGGUCCCUACCCGGCCACACGUCGUCAUCGUCACCGUAUCACCACUUCAGAAAAUAGCUCUCUCACAUCCACUCUCUCUCCUUCAGCACCUCUCUUCAACACCUCUCUUCAGCAUCUCUCUCCAGCACCUCAAUGUCUGAAGCGAGUCCCGCAGCAGCGGCCUCCGUGCCCGCGCAAACCACCCCCUCAUCCCCAUCCCCAUCCCCCGCCCCCUCGUCCUCGUCCGACGUCCCGGCCGUGGCCCCCGACCACCUCGACGUCGACCUGAUCCUGGUCUUUGACUCUGCCGGCGCCGACCUCUCCGACGAGCAAAAGACGCAAGCAGCUGCCGAAGCCGCGCUCAAAGAUCUCUUGUUCUUGCUCGCGAACGCGGGCUUUGAUUUCACGAUCAGGGUUAAUCGUCCUGGAUCUGUGUUUAUUUUCGUCAAGGCUUCCGAUGCCGUCGUUGCUACUGCUUCGUACCAAUCAGAAGCUCGCGAUUGGAAAAUGGGCGUGCGCACGACCGUCCCUGUCGCUCCUUCUGCAACAGACGCGCAAGAGUUCUCGGUCGCCGAGAGAUUACGUCUCGUGCACGAUCGGCUCACAAAGCCAGAGAAGGAGAACGGGCUCGGAAUCACGCCGGGUGAGGGUGAUUGGGUCUAUAUCUCUUCGAUCUUUGCUCCUCACGAUCCGGCUUUUGACGUUGCAUGGAUCAAGCGGUGGUCGAAGAAGUACGUCCUGGACGAUGACGAACUCGAACUGAUUCGCAACACGUUUGGUGAGAAAGUAGCGCUCUACUUUGCUUUCCUGCAGUACUACUUCAAAUGGCUGCUGUUCCCCACCAUCGCCGGCAUCUUCGCCUACCUCUUCCUCUCGCCCUUCUCGCCCCUAUUCGCACUCAUCAACGCCGUCUGGUGCUGCGUCUUCGUCGAGGCCUGGAAACGCCACGAGCUCGAUCUCGCAGUCAAAUGGGGCGUCAAGGGCUGCUCGAACCUGCACGCGACGCGCGCGACUUUUAAAGGCGAGACCGAGCGGUCGAAUCCGAUCACGGGCGAGCGCGAGCAGUACUAUCCGUCGUGGAAACGCGUGGUCAAGCAGUUUACUGCGAUUCCGACCGCGCUGGUUGCGGGUGUGCUGCUGAUGGCGCUGCAGGGCGUUGUGUUUGUGAUUGAGAUCUUUUUGGCGGAGAUCUACGACGGCCCGCUGAAGCAGUACCUUGUGUUUCUGCCGACGGCGUUGCUGGCGACGCUUGUGCCGACUUUUACGGCGUUCUACAGUAUCGUCGUGACGAAGAUGACAAACUGGGAAAACCAUGUGUCUGCGCACGCGUACGAGACGUCGAUGACGCAAAAGAUGUUUGUGCUCAACUUUUUGACCUCGUACAUGGGUCUCUUUUUGUCGUCGUACGUCUACCUCCCGUUCGGCCACCUGAUCGCGCCCAACAUUGACUUUAUCACUUCGACCGUGAAGCGCGUGGUGGGCGAGUCGGCGGCGCAGUCAAAGAAGACGUUUUCGAUCAACACGCUGCGUCUGCGCCAGCAGUACAUCUACUUCACCGCCACCGCGCAGGCAAUUAACUUCUUUGUCGAGACGCUGCUGCCGUACAUCCAGCGCCGGCUGUUCAAAGAGGCCAAGAAGCUUUCAAACAAGGUGACGGGCGCGCAGACGCUCGUGUACAACGACGACCCUGCCGAGAGCGCGUUCUUGGGCCGCGUGCGCGCGGAGGUCGAGUUUCCCGAGUACGAGGUCGACGAGGACUACCGCGAGAUGAUUGUGCAGUUUGGCUACCUGUCGCUGUUUUCGACGGUGUGGCCGCUCGCGCCGCUGUUUAGUUUCAUCAAUAACUGGGUCGAGCUGCGGGGCGACGCCGUCAAGAUCUGUCUGGACACCAAGCGGCCGAUUCCGAGCAAGGCGGAGUCGAUCGGCGCGUGGCUUAACAAUCUCUCGUUUCUGACCUGGCUCGGGUCGCUGACGACGUCGAGCCUGGUGUCGCUGUACCGCAACUCGGCGACGAGUCUCGAGUCGGGCGAGCUGGUCUCGACGAGGCCGUGGAUGCUGCUCACGACCGUGCUGUUGUCGGAGCACGUCUAUUUCGCGGUGCGGUACCUCGUCUCUGUGAUUUUCAACGCGCUCGAAAGUCCUGUUGUGCUCGACGCGCGCAGGGAGAACUACGUUGCGCGAAGCGGCAUGCUUUCCGCGACUACGCUCGAGACCGAGAACGAGAAGGAGCAGGAGGUUGCGGAGGACGUGCGCGAGUCGUGGAGAGCGAAGGUGCAGGACGCGGUGGUGGUGUUUGGGAGUUCGUUGGAGCUCAAGACCGAGGCCGAGAAGAAGGAGGAGUAGAUAGAUUUAGACAAUGUAGUUUCAUACAUCACGUUGGUCA